AAGUCGAACGGUUCGUACGUUCGCAACCGCAGUUCCGUGUUCCGUGUACGAGUGAAUGGUGACAGAAGCAGCGCCAGAGAGGGAGACGGAGAGAGAGUUUAAAUUAUCAUACGUUCUUCUCGCGUCGCGCUUGCCUCUCGCUCGGCCCGUCGUCAUCGCCGGUCGCCCUUGGAAAUAGUGAUUGAAAAAAGGUUUUUCUGUAGUUCGUUUUAUUUUAUGUUGUGUUUCUUUUUUUUUUUUUUAAAUACUGUGUUCACACGAGCCAGUCAGAUGGUGGUGGCGAAAAAGUAGAAGGCGAAUAUGAUUCUCGCAGCAAGGUAGAAGAAAAGGAAGCGCAAUGUGUGUUGGUACUGCGUUCGGGGGUGCGUGUGAGUGAGCAAGAGAGCAAUAGUCUGUGCGGCCCAUCGCUGUCGUGUCGCUGUGUGUGGAACGACGAGGAGAAGAUAACCGAAAGAGGAGGAAGAAGAGUGAAAAGUUACUGAAAAAUUUCUGUCCGUGCAAUACAGCUCUAGCCAAGUGUGGUUUCCGUACCUUGCCUUCCCGUGCCAAGUGCGGUUUUUUUAUUUGGGAACCCCGAAUUAUGUUUUCCAUCUGAAGAGUGCGUUAAGUUAACUACUAGUUUGAAAGCUACACGAGUGCAUCGGUUAUGUUCGAAGCUGCAGAAAACACUGAUUAGAUUCAAGUGUUUUUGGAUGCAACAAUACGAAACCGUUUGCAACAGUCCACUUUAGUUGAAGCAGCUAGUUUGAAAUUGAAUCGAUUACGAAACCCGAGUGCGUUAGUUCGGCGUUAGUGCGGAUCCAUAGAAACCUUUCAAGGAUUUAAAUUUCAAGUCACAAAACUGUGAAACGCUUUCACCAAGUCCAAAGCCUGCUUUGCACAACUCUGCCAUUCAGGCAUUUACUCAGACUGGGGGAAAGUUGCAACAUCACUUACUCGGCCAACUUGGAUAAACGCCCCGCGUGAGAAGAAGAAACAAAAGAACACGGAGCAGCAGCUAGCAAUGGAAUCGUGAAGGAAAUUGGCGACAAAGGAAAAUCAUCGCAGCCAGCUCCAACCUGUGUACGCGAAGAAGAAAACGACCAAAGUCGGUGCUUGCGUCAGUUCCGUUGUGUUGGUGUGCUACGAGGAAAACUAAUCUCACCUGAGGUACCACUACGUGUGUUGCCCCCCCUUAUUGAAACCCGCUAUUCCGUGAAGACAUCCCUCGAUAGUUUGUAGUCGCAGUGAGAUCGAUCCCCCAAAGUAUUGUUCCGACGAACAAAUGACGUGAGAUGUUGGCACAGGAACUGUGCGGCGACUGUGUCUGCUGCCAUCGGGGCUGAAUGAAUUAAAAUAACAAACCAUCGGCCAAAAGAGAACCGGGAAAAUGAGAUGAAUUAUUGUGCAAUUAUUACCGGCCGCUCGGAUGGAUAUAAAUCUUACCGCCGAUGCUCCUCUCUUCUGUUGAAACCUUAAAUUUUCGGCGAAACUUUUGUGUUGGAAGAAAAAGUCGUUGUCGUCCAGAUGAUUUAGUGGAAAAACCCCUAGAAAGAUAAUGUUUUUUUUUUGUGUUGCUUCUAGACGAGUGUGGUUUACCGUUUAAAUAGUAAUCGGAAAAGUGCAUCUUAGUGCAGGGUGUGAGUGUGAGCGCUGAUGCAGGAAUACCCACUCUCUACACCCGGGAAGCCGUGACGAUUGGAGCCAAAGCCAUAAAGGAGAAAGAUCAAGAUGUCUUAUCGCUAUUGGAUUAAUUCUGGUGAUGGUGUGGAAGAAGCAGCAGCUGUAGCGCUAGCGUUACGCCCUCCCAUGUGCAAUAUGGAUUAAGUGUAGCGGUGCUAUUUUUAGUCGGUUGUCGUCUUCGUUCUCCGUGUAAGAAGAACUGUGUGAUCGUCGCUCGAACGACGACGACGAAUAAAUCGAAAGAGUGUCUGUGUUUGUGUUCUUCAACCUAGUAGUGUUGGUGUGUACGUGUGACCUCAUUCAGAAAACGGCUCAACACAGGCGGUAACGUUUUUGGAUUACCAAUUAACCGACGACGAACCAACUGCGUCCAAAACGAGUCGAGAAAAUCUGUUGUGCUGUCCAAGUCGAAAAAAAAAACACCAAUCGAAGAAAGAAAUUAUCAGAGCUUCGAUUGCCAAAAUCAACGUGUUCAUAGAGUGGUGAUACUGAAAGAAAGAAAACGAAAAAAAUAUACCAGGAAGCAGAAGUGGAAACAAUCGAUGAAAUAAUUUUGAAAACCCGAAGACGGAACAAUAUAAUGAGAUCCAUAAAGUCGACAAAUGAAACGAUCAACAGAACUUCCUGAAACUUAAGAUAAAUCCAAAUGAAAGAUGGAACCGAAUCAGCAAGAAGCGUCUUCACCCCCAUCGGAGGAGCAAUCACAACCAUCGACUGAUCCACUGGCCAUCGAUGUUCCGAUCGAAUCGUCGGAACCAACUCAAGAUCCAUUGGUGGAGCCUGAAUCGAACACAGUGGAUCCAAUCGCUGAUACCAAUGAUAAACCUCCAUCAACAGAUAACUCCGAUCAGCAACAACCCGCUGCAUCCAGUUCAGAUGCAGCAUCGUCGGAGCAACAGCAGCAGCAGCAGCCGACUGCCUCAGAAUCUCCAUCCACAUCAGAACUGAUCACCGUUAACAGCAGUAGCGGUAGUAGUAAUGUGAUAAGAACGCCGCCUCCCUCUCAGGAGCCGACCAACGAUCCAUUGGAUAUCGGUCCGAGUGAACAGCCACACAGCAAUGUCGAAAAUUCGACAGCUACAGCUGCCGAAGCAGCAUCCACCGUAACGAAUUCAUCAAACAUCUCUGCGCAAGAAGAUGCGCAGAACUUUAGAAGGGAUUAUGAAAGCAGUGAAAUCAGCGUUAGCAGUAGUGUGAAUACGGUCGAAGAUACGUCGUCCAACAAUACGGCUGAGCAAAGCUCGGCAACAGUUGGACCAUCUUCAUCGAUCAGUACUGAACAACAGCAGCAAGAAGUGAUAGCCGGAGAGAAAUCUCCUCAAAGUGAAACCCCAGAGCAAGGAGUGGCGUCGUCUAAUGACCAACCGACGUCCAGCAGCACCAAUAUCAAUAGCAGCGGUAGUGUUAGUAGCAACAAUAAUGGUUCUAAAAGCUGUAGUAGCAGCAACAGCAGCAGCAGUAGUGGGAACAGCGCUAGCGCAGGCGUCAGUAGCCUGAGCGCCGUCAAUGGUGAUAAUAGUUUAGAGAUCAAAGGUAUUAGUGAUUUAAGCAUACUCGAUGUUACCCAAGGUAACGAUGAUGAGAUUGAAGUGAAGGUAGAAGGAGGCAGCUUGAUGCACAAAGUGAUAAAGUUUUCUCUGCUCAAUGGAAUGCAGGACAGUAGUAAACGGUUGGAGAAUAGUCGACUUAUCAUGAGCGGUGUUAGUAACAACGGAGAGGCUACUCUUGCGACGACUUCAUCUCUCAGUAGGGUCGUUUUAGGCGGUGCCCCUAUGAGGCAUGAAGAAAAAUCUAAGGAAGAGAGUUUUAAAAGUGCAGCUGUUACGCUGGACAACAAAACAACACCUCCUGCCUGUGCUAGUACAUCGAGGCCUCAGUCUGUAGAACCUAGUUCGUCGUCGUCGAGUAAUAGCGGCGACAGCAAUGCUGGUCAUAGUGAAGGAAACGAUGCCAAACAAAACCGGACAGAGCAACAACAACAACCAACGGCAGUGCAAAGCCCAACAGAAGUGCGACAUUCCAGUUUAGAAAACAAAGUAUCCAUCACUAGUGAAACAGUGCGAGAACAAAGCGAAACCUAUAACCGAAGUUCUUCCUUAGAUUUUCGGGAAUGGCCUCAAUCCACUAGUAGUAGCAGUCCUGUAGUUCCUAGAGACCAGCCAACGACAAUCGUCACUUCGGCUGCCUCCACGACUGCUCCUCAAUCGCCGUUAGAAAAUGCCCCCAAAUCAACUAAAGAGACUGAGCAGAUGCCUCCAACAAGUGUAUCACAUCGGCCAAAGGCAAUGUAUCAUGCCGAGUUACCAGACUUCAGCAAGUCAUUAUUCUCCGCUGCAAAUCUUUCUUCCUCAACGUCGUCUCCUGUUACAACUGCAACACCAAGUACUACGACUUCUACUCCUACUACUAUCAGUAGCAACGAGAUGCCCGCCACUAAGAGCCUUAGCCAACUGCAGAUGAAGACUCCAGAUUUUAGUCGAGUGCUUCCAAGCACCGCAGGGAGUCCUGUUCCAGCAAGUCAAAGUUCAAUUGUCCAAUCGACUGCUCCCCGGUCCCACGGAUUACAAAUCGCCAAUCCAGAUUUUUCGAAAAGCUUUGCACCAAAGGGCCAAUACCCUCCGACGAACAGCAAUCCUCGAAUAGAAGAGAGAGUACCAUCCUCCUACGUCAAUCAAUCGUCAUUCGCCGAAAUCAGUAAGCAACGAAAUUACAUCAGCGAUCUGCAGCUGAAAAAUCCUCAAUCUGAAGCGAUAAACCAACAGUAUUCAUCGGUUGUGAAGGGACCAUCAUCCGGUCCCAGCCUGAAUAGUUAUCGAAUGGACAAACCACCUGUAUCACAACCACCUUCCAAACCGUACCAUAUUCCUCCACAUCCCACCAUUGCGCAGUUAGAAGAACCAAAAGCCCAUGUGAUACACAAAGCUUCCGGAACACCCGAGGCAGCUCCUUCAUCUACCAAAACCUGGAAUCCAGCGGUAGACUACAACAACUCGAAACCCUACCCGCAACCCAAUGAACGAGAGCGCUACUCACAGCAAUAUCCUACUACAGGCCACAAAGGCCCACCACCAUUAACAAGUGAUCCAUACGCUGGUUAUCCCCCUUACUCCGCUAUCAAAGGGAAAGAACCACCCCCAACACCAGCAGCUACCCAUCCGGGAGGUAUAAUUGUCAACAACGUCAAAACGUACUACCCGGAACCCUCCCAGUCGCUUCCGAAAACCAAAGAACCGGAGUUCCGUCUGGAUCAAAAGGAGAAACAACUUCGGCAGGAAGGUACCAUCAUAACCCUAAAACCGAACGACACUCGACCUCCACCGGCACCAGCAGCCUCUCACUACCCACCUCAGCCAAUGUAUCAACAACAGCAACACGCACCUCGAUCAAGAUCACCAUCGGCCGAGAGACGGGAAGCUCAAAUGAUGGCCUCAUCCCAAGAGAUUCUCUACCGAGAUUUCAAACUAAAGCAAUCCUACGCAGAAAUGCCUCCGCAAAUGCAAUCGGCCCCUAGACAUCCACCGACAGGGCGCCCCGUCAUCGAGGAACCACGAGGCUCUCGAGAUCGUUCUCCCUACGAUCCGUAUUACCGAGGUCCACCACCGCCAGGGGGACCUUCACCUCAACCCAGCAAAGGCUAUCCAACUCAAGCUGAGCUAUACAAACAACCGCCGAGUCCAGCUACCUCAUCAGCUACUCCGUCACCAACCUUCCAUCACAUGCAGAGUCAGAGUCCAGUAACAAGCAAACACCAUCAGCAGCAAAUGGCUUCCGGUUCAAUGAACCCCCCGUCGAAUUGGCCCGGUCAAAGCCGAGUCAUAGCUAGUCCUCACGGUGGCAGUGCAACAUCAUCACCAAUUCCGGCACCACCCUCCGUGAGCCCAAAUCAAUUCCAACACCCGAAAAAUUCUCCGAGUCCGGUUAACGUACUCGGACCAAGUCCCGUCUACAAAUCACCGAGCCCUUCGUCAUCCUCUUCACCGUCUCCCUAUCCACCUGUCCCCGCCAAUUCCAUCACAAAGUACACUCAGUACUACCCGAGUGGCAACGGAGAACGGGUCGUGAGCAUCGAAGUUGACAAAGAAUCCUACAAAGCCGGUUUCAAAGGCCUCGAUUAUAAUAUGGAGCAAAAGUUUGCGGAGGUCUGUCAAGCCCAUCGCUUGAGGGAAAACCAAGCAGUUGUUGUGAGCAAACCUAGUGAUCCUUACAGGAACCCCGCUUAUGCUCCUCAGCCUCAGCCCCAACAACAUCCGCAAAUGCCGAACGCUCAACACCCUAAACACCAAGAUCCGUACAGAGACGAAUACGGACGACCACGGGCUGCGCCACCAGGUGCAGUUCACGUCCAUCCCUCUGCAGGUGCUCACUACGCUGGGUCACGCUACCCAGUGCCUCAAGAAGGCCCCAGUCAGUAUGAUCCGUACUAUCCUCACCAUCCAAAGACUAAAGAAGUUCGGAGGCCUGAACAGCCGCACCAUUCAUCACAGAGCAAAGGUCCAUCCCCGGCUCCUAGUCAGAGAUAUGCCUCUAACGAGUCCGUGUACCAACAAUCUAAGCCAUCCGUAAACUACGGACCGCAACAACCACCUUCUUCAAGGCCAACUCAGCAUCACCCCAGCCCUUAUCAAUCGGGCGGAGAAUCACCUCAUCACGGACCUCAACCUUCAUCCGGUAGAAGUCCAUACCCGGUUCCAAACAACCGUUACGAGAGGCCUCCAGAAAAACAACCAACCGUUAUCAGUACACCACCCUUCAACACCCAAGAACGAACAGUUCAACGAACCAUUUACCCGGAGCAGAAACCCCAACAGAUGGACCCUUACCAUCAACCGCAUCCGAGUGGGCAUCCCUAUCAACAGCAACCACAGCCACAUCCUCCGAAAGCAUCUCAGCCGUAUCCUCAGCAUCCGCCUCAGAUGCCACCGAACAUGAUCUUGUCUAAUCGCGAACCAAGUUGGUCCUAUCAACAGCAGCCCACUCAUCAUGGAGGCCCACCGCAACCUCAACCCGGACCUUCUGGGUACGGUCCGGAACGAACACCGGCAACUCGCGAUGAAAGACAAAACCCGGUCAUUCAACCUCCAAUGAACAAAAACAUCCCGGUCAAGGUGAUCGCCACAACCAACCCCGUUCCUCAAACUCCAUCAUCCACUGUGAUAGCUCCGGCCACUAGUACUACCAAAUCCGAAUCUCCUCUGGAUCUCUCGGUGAAAACAAUCAAAACCAAGGCCGAUUCAACGGGAAGCGAUGAAUACGGACAUGGGAGCCGAAGUCGCGAAGGUGUCCCGAAGGUUAACUUCAACCCCAACUUUGGAAAACAUAUACCCGAACGACCACCGGCAGAAAGUAGACAGCCGCAGCCACCGCAGCCCCAGUCCUAUCACGUUUCUCAACAAUCCAGAGAGUCUCAGCCGGUUUACCCUGCAUCUUCAUCAGUUAAAGCUCCUGCGGCACCAGUGGGUGGUCCACUACCACCGGAUCGUCGACAAAUACCAGUGGGUAGUCCAGCAAUUCCUCCUGGCUAUGACAAGAAAACUGACGCUUACAUGUCGACAAACUACAGAGCGGUCGGAGGACCUCCACCUCCGAUGAAAGAUUCACGUUAUCCUAGCGAUAAUCGUUACCCUCAACAACCCGGUAGGCCUAACUAUCCUCCGGUUGACCCACGUGAGUCAUCUGGGCCAAACUAUGGAGCACUCCAUCCCAGUGGAUACCCUCACCGAAUGUUGCCCGAAGAGGCUCAAGCUCAUCAUCCCUAUUCUCAAGGUUCCAGUGCUCCUCCAAAAUCUGACCCUUACUACGCAAAACCUGGAUCUUCAAACAGCACUAGAAACGUGUAUGGCUCCACUUAUGACAUGAAUCGUAUGCCUGCUAAACAACCAGCAAUGCCUCCAAAACAUCCGUCGCAACCAGACGACCCUCGCCUGGAAGAUCGUCGUUUCGUCGAAAGUAUGCUCAAAAAACAGUCCUCACCAUCGGCUGAUGUGAUUGCUGAUCUGCAGGCCGGUAAAUUCACAACUCGACUUCCAACGGCACUUGCUCCAAACAAGAAACGACCUGCAGAGUCGAUCCCCAAGACCUCUCCCAACAAAAUGGUUAGGCUUGAGGAACAACCGUCACAGAUCCAUAGACCCUACGAAGCCACAUACCGACACCCUUUGUAUCCUCCGGGGAGUUCUUCUGCUCCAAGAGACUACUACCCGGUUCCUGUCAAACAUGAACCUGUGAGUCCUCAACCCCCGGGGGGAGGAGGACCACACUAUCAAGAUAGACGGCCGGAAGCGCCCUCUAUAACACGUGGUGUGCUGAACACUGCUCCACCACAUCAUCACUUACCUCCGUCAUCGGUGCCUUCCAGCCAUUCUCAAGCACGACCGAUCGAUUCGCAUCCCUCAGUGAUCACAAGCUACCACGCGAGUCGACCACUCGAAGUAGUUCGCUCAACGAGAGACGAAUCUCCGCACCAUCAACAUCACAGUAGACAACCGGCUUACGGAGCGCCUCCAGAUGAAAAACAUUCCUACCCGAGACCGGAGCCCUUUCGUCACGGCCACGGUGAUUCGGCAAAAUACUUCGGAUCAUCGUUAGACAAACCAACCAACCAACAAUAUCACACUCCUCAAACAACUUCGUCUACGGUUGUUAUGCAAUCUCACAUCCAAUACGGUGGACAUCAUUCAGUUCAUCAGCCACCACAACAACCAGUCCAUCAAAAGCGACCGGACGUUCUACAGAGUGCUCCCCGUAAUGAAAUGUACCAUCCUGCUCAAAGUGGUCACAUAGUGCGUCCUUCUGGUAGCAGUAUAGAUGCGAGGCAACAGUACGAACACAAUCAGCGAAUGAUGUCUGCUGAAUCUAGCUCCAUGCCAAAGAUUGACGCUAACCAGUCUGUUAUCACUGAACAGCCCCAGCCAGCACUGGCAUCUCCGCAACAUAGAGGUGUAACAGACCAAUCGGUCAUCUCCAAGCUGCGGAACAGCCUCGAGCAAAAAGAGCGCAUCAACCAGCUGCGUAAACAAACCAGCUCCGAGAUGUCCGAAGAAGAUCAGUCCAAACCAAUAGAUCUUCCACCGUCCCACUUUCGUUCCAAAGGAGCCAUGAAAGCUUACACGCCAAUACCGGCCUUCGAUGCACCUAACAACACUCAAAACCAGCAGCCCUUUCUUGGCGGCCAACAGGCACCACCAUCAGCCGCAGCACCUCAACAGCCAAUAGCACCAAGCCCAAAACCAAUGAAACCGGAACCUUUAGACUCUACCCCAAAGGAACCAAAAACUGAACAGCCUCCGGAAAACGAAGGACCCUCGGCCUUCGACAUCCUCGACUGGGGGAGCGCUUGCAACGAGUUUGUCGAACAACUACAAACGGGGAAAAAGCGGGGUCGUCGGAAAAAAGGCUUCGGAAUGAAACGAGACAAUGAACCUGGUUUGACGGAAACUUUUCGCAAUGAUCUACCCGGCGUGUCGAGUAGUGCAAUUUCGGAAGUUCCACAGGAAGUUCUGCAAUCUGCUUCCCAGGAAAUGCAGGAUUUGGGCUCUUCUAGUGACGAAGACAAACCGCUUCUUUUGCUUAAACAGCAACCAUUCGAUCCGAUUGAAGACGUAAAAGAUGUUCAUUCCAACGCCAUUCUAAUGUCUACAAAAGAAAAACUCUCGGAAAAGAUUGCUAGAAACAUGAGGGAGAAACAACGGCUGGAGUUGGAACAAAAGCUGGAGGCUAAGUUGGGCAGAUCGAGUAGUUCCGAAGAUGAGUCGGAUGCUAAACGAAUAGUACAACGAUCGAAGAUGCGUGCUCGUAAGCUAAGAAACCGAUUGAGCGUUCCUUUGAAAUUUUCCGACAUCAACACCGAUGAGGAGGAUGAAGAGGAAGAAGAGGAGGAGAAUCAAGCGAAAGAUCUCCGUAAACGCAAGCGACUUAUACAGACUUCAUCGGAAUCGGAAGCUGAGACCCCGAUCAAGAAACCGACUCGCUGUCAAUCGCAAGUCAAACAGGAGAAUGGCGCAGACAUGAGCUCGGACGAAGAGGACCCAAAGUCACAGUCACCGAGGAAGAAUGAAAAGACCCCAGAAAUCAAGAAUGAACCGGAAAAUCGAGCGAUUCAUUCGGACAGUGAUUCAAAUCAACGGAAAACAGAAGAACGAACUAGCGGGAAGAAAACUAAUCAAGCAGCUGCCGCACACUCCAGUGGAAGUGAUUCGGAAAAGAGUGAAACGAGCGAAAAGAAGGAAGCAAUAAAGCGUGGACGUCGCAAAGCGAAGGUGCUGGUUUCUGAAAGCGAGGAAUCACUGGAAUCCAUGGAGACGAUGACUCGAUCCAAACGGAAGCUGGAACUGGAAAAGCAACGUUCCAACAGCAAGGUUCUACGAAAUGACAAAGUAGUUGGAAAUUUUGUUAAAGAUCGUAAAAAGCAUGACAACACAACGCCACAGAAAGGUAAAAAAGGAUUGACGAACACCAAGUUGGACCACACCAAGAAACGCAUCCUGGACAGUGAUUCCGAUGCAAAGCUGGCUAAGAAACGAACAAGAAAAACGUCGAAGCGUCUAUCUUCAUCUGGGUCGGAGAGUUCUGAGGAGAGCGACGUUGAAACUAUGUCGGAGAGACUCAGAGCGCGCAGACACAAGACUUCGGAAACAUCAGCUCCGUCGUCAGCUUCAAAACGAGGCCACAGUCAAGACAGCAGAACUCCAGCUAAAAACAGUAGCAAGGAGGAUAAGAAAAAUGCUAAACAGGAACCACCGAAAAAGCGUGGUCCGAAACCAAAGAAAACUUCAAAAGACUGCGCCUCGGAGAAUACCAAAGAGAAUUUUUAUCCUGGAUGGGAGAAAGAGCUGUACGAAUAUAAGCGUUCACUGAAAGUUCCUCCGCAACUGAUUACGAUAAGAGGGAGACAGUACGUUCACAGAAUAUCGGCUUCCCUUCCCGAUUUGGAUUCCCACCACAGCGAUGAAUCGGAAACCUUUUCGGAAAUUGUCAAGAAGAUCAACCAGAAAGAUGGAGGCAAGAAGAUGAAAACAAAAGCCGCAGCAAAGCAGGAAGGCAAAAGCAAAGAGGAGAGCAAGAAAAUCGAUGACAACAAGAAGUUCAGUUCGAUUAUAGAAUUGCUACACGAGAGGAUGCUUCGACAUGGAAGGAGUGGGAAGACAAAAAAGGGCAAGGCAAUCAGCGAAAAGGAUCUUCUGAAGUCCAAGUCCGAGUUCGAGUUACUUCCGACACCGGGAGCGGAGAGUGAGGAACUGUUCAAUAAAAGGAAGAAGUCUCUAUUCGAUACGGCAAUCUUCAAAUCGAGAACCCGAACCGAACAGAAGGUGAUGCAAAGCAAAGAAAUCAUUCGGGAGGUUUUCGGAGGAGAUGAUGAACGACCUCAGUCUGCACCGCCUUUGGGUUUCGUGCCGGGACCGAAAAUCUUGACCUACGAUGAGAUGUACAACGAUUUGCUGACCAAGAGCAACAAUGUUGCAACUUUUCUAGCACAGAAGAAAGCCCAAGAGGAGAAAGCUAUCGCUUCGGCAUCCGGUUUGACCGGUGGAUCUGUGCGCAUCAAGAUUGAAGAUUUGGACGACGAAACGCAGGACAGUAUUUUGGAUAAGUUCAACGCGGAGGAAGGCGAUACACCUUCGGUUGCAUCGGAACGAGACCUGGCAACUCCGGUCUCGUUUAAAGGUGUCGGUAAGAAGAAAGCUUAUAAAAGUCGUCGAAAAGGGAGUUCUGGCUUCGACUACAUCCGCAAGAAGAAAAAACCCACACCAGUGAACAAUAAUGGAGAGAACAGCACCCCUGUGGUACCGAAGAAAAAGCUCACGUCGGCCUUUGAGAAGAUGCAAUCUAAAGAUGAGUCGCACAUCAACAAAGAGAUUCGCAGCUGGGUAUUGAACAAAGGUGUUGGCGAAAGCGUUUUGCACAAGGCUGCUCGACUCGGGUAUACGGAUGUCAUUGUUUACUGUUUGGAGCGCCUGGAGAUGGAUCCAGACCAGAAAGACAACGCCGGCUAUACGCCAUUGCACGAAGCCUGCGCCAAGGGACAUCUGGAUAUCUGCAACUACUUGCUGAAGUACGGUGCCAGUCAUUCGGAGACGGCCGUCUCCGGAAUACGACCGUUACACGAAGCAGUGGAAAAUUCGUUCAUAGAGGUUACUCGUUUGCUGCUGGCUUUCGGCGCCGAUCCGAUGCUCGCAACCUACGCCGGUCAAACGCCGAUUCAGCUGGCCGAGAAUAACGAGAUGACCCUGUUUCUCGAGAACCACUUGAUAGAUAUUCAAAGCAUGAGUCCACUUAAAACUGGUUGGAAGUUUGACGGGCCCUGGAAAACUUAUGACCCAGAAGAAAACGGCUGUGAUCUGUUUUCCGAUAUUCCCGGGUUUUCCGAUGACGAAACUCAUCACAACAGCUCGUCAACGACGGAACGUUCUUCCCUAAGCACUUCCACUCGGCAAUCGGACAUCUACCUUCCACCACCUUCGGCACCGAUACCGAAACUUCAGCCGCCAGUCGUCAAAAAGUGCGAUUCUAACUCCAACAUCAUGAACUUCGACCUGCGUUUGGACAACGAACUGACCAAUUCCAUCGAGCAGCGCAAGUACAAGGAUUGCGCCGUGGUGCUGAACGACAUUCAGGAACUGAGUGCUGGAAGACAAAACCAGCAGCCAACCUACAUCAACGGGGAGCUGACGCAUCAUAAGUCUCGCUGCUACCCGGAAGCGCGGAAUGGGCUAACGGACUGCGAUCGGGGGGCAGAGGAUGUGGACAGUGGAAACGACGAUGGCGAUGGGGAGUUUAUGUUCGAGUACGAGGAAGCCGAGCGGCCCCUUCCGCCGUUGUACUUGCUGAAGGAUGACCACGCCGGGGACAAGUGGGUGUUGAUGACGGAUCUGUGCAACUUCCUGAAGCUGAAGUCGAAAGAGGCCGUUAUGAAGCAUAUAUGCUCAUCCAGCAACGCCAUCACCUCAAAUGGUCCAUCGACGGGGCAGCAGUCAAAUAACACAAACGCAGGAGGAGGAGGAGGCCAAACAGUGACACCCAACUCCACCGGUGCCACCCGAGGCGAGCUGAUACGGGAGAUGAAGAUCGAGGAAUUCCUGUCCCGCUCCAGCUGCCUGCAGCUGCUGUGCGCCGGCGAGAAGCUCAACAUCAACUCCAACAAGGUGAUCCUGGUCAAGUACAACGACAACGUGCGCAACCUGCUGCAGGUGCAAACGCGAAUGACGAGGAUCUAGAUCGGAAAUUGUAAUGAAUGAUUGAGUAGGAUUUCAACGGAAUGAUCGGCAAGGAUCAAGAAGAAAAAAAACCACACAAGCCUCAAAACAAACACGGAACUCGAUAAACGAAUAACAGAAUAUGCCUUAUUGUGUAUGUGUAGAAGGCCAGCUGGAACUGAGGGCUGGAUGUAAUUGGUUUUAAGAUGGAUCGGAGAGGUCACCACUAUUUUUUUUGUAGAACGAAUUUUGUUGGUGCUUUUCCGAGAAUCGAUCGUGUGAUAAGUGGGAAGGAUAAGACUAAACAAAAAAAAACAGACAUACACCUAGUGUAGUGUAGAGAUGCUUUGGGGACGACGAUGAGGGAACUCAACUUGCUCAGGUUAGAAACAGUUAGCUGCUGAAGAAAGAAGGUGUCGAAUACGCUAUUAGUUAAUUUUUAACGAUACGUUUUUUCGAGUCAGUUAGCUGAAGAUCAACGGAAAAGUUCCGUGUGUUCAAUAUGUACUUCUGUCAAAAAAAAAAAAAAAAAACGUUCAGUUUCUUCCAGCUGUUUCUUCGGCGUUCGAAAGUUGAAGACUGAGUAGAUUGGUUUAGGAGGAAGGCACAUUCAUUCAAGAUCAACCAUCAACAACAAUUCAAUGCAAA